AUGUCUAUCAAACAAGAGGGAGUAAUUCGUCCCAUUGCCAAUUUUCCUCCUAGUGUUUGGGGGGAUCAAUUUCUCAACUAUGAUAAGCAAACUACAAAGCAAGUAGAGGUUGAGCAAAGAGUCAAAGAUUUGAAGGAAGAUGUGAGAAAAGAUAUAGGCCUGUCAUUUUUAGAUGUUCAAACGGAACAUACGAAUUUGUUAAAACUCAUUGAUGCAAUCCAACGUCUAGGUGUAUCUUAUCUUUUUGAAGAAGAGAUUGAUCACGCAAUCCAACGAAUUUAUGACGCGUAUGGAGACGACUGGAAUGGUGGGAGCCCUUCUCUUUGGUUUCGAAUCUUACGACAACAAGGCUUCUAUGUAUCAUGUGACAUCUUUAAUGAAUAUAAAGAUGAAAACGGGUCAUUUAAAGAAUCGUUAACUAGUGAUGUCCAAGGCUUACUUGAGUUGUAUGAAGCGACAUACUUAAGCGUGCACGGUGAAGUUAUACUAGACGAUGCUCUUGUUUUUACAAAAACCCAUCUUAACAAAAUAGUAAAGGAUCUUAUGGUGAGCAACUCUACGUUGUCUACACAUAUACAAGAGGCACUAAAGCAACCAAUACGAAAAAGGUUGCCAAGACUAGAGGCUUUACGUUACAUUCCUUUCUAUGAGCAACAAGAUAUUUAUAACAAGUCUUUACUUGAGCUAGCCAAGUUAGAUUUCAACUUGCUUCAGUCAUUGCAUAGGGAGGAGCUUAGCCAACUUUCCAGGUGGUGGAAACGUCUUGAUGUCCCGAACAAUAUACCUUAUACAAGAGAUAGAUUAGUUGAAUGUUACUUUUGGGCACUUGGUCUAUACUUUGAGCCAAAAUAUACACAUGCUAGAAUUUUCUUAGCAAAAGUAACGUCGAUAGCAACGAUUCUUGACGACACUUAUGAUGUUUAUGGUACAUACGAAGAACUUAAGAUCUUUACUGAAGCGAUUCAAAGGUGGUCAAUAACAUGCAUAGAUAUGCUUCCGGAAUACAUGAAACAAACAUACCAAACACUCAUGGAUACGUAUAAAGAAAUGGAAGAAAUCAUGGAGGGGGAGGCAUACCGUCUUAACUAUGCCAUCGAAUCUAUGAAAGAGUUUAUUAGAAGCUUUAUGGUGGAAGCCAAAUGGGCUUAUGAGGAGUAUGUCCCAACAAUAGAGGAGCACAUGUCAAUUUCAAUAGUGAGUAGUGGAUGUUAUAUGCUUAUAGCAACAUGUUUUGUUGGCAUGGGUGAUAUGGUGACAGACGAGACGCUGAAAUGGGUUCUCACACAUCCUCCUCUUGUAAAAGCUUCAGGUGUAAUUGGUAGACUCAUGGAUGAUCUUUGCUCCCGAAAGGAAGAGAAAGAAAGAAAGAAUGCGGCAUCUACUAUUGAUAGUUACAUGAAGCAAUAUAAUGUCACAGAGGAGUAUGUCCACAACAUAUUCAAAAAUCAACUUGAAGACGCAUGGAAAGAUUUCACCCAAGAAACCUUCAUGUGCAAAAAUGUUCCAAUGCCUCUAAAAAUUUGUGUAGUCAACUUGGGGCGGAUAGCUGAUGCUUUAUAUAGAAGUAAAGAUACUUUCACGCUUGUGGGAGAAGAACUAAUAAGUCAUAUCAAAUCUUUGCUUAUUCAUAGUAUCAACAUAUGAUGAUAGCGGUCUAUUUGUCUUCUUGAGCGAUAAUGGUUUUGUUUUUGCAAUGUAAAUAAAGAAUCACAUCUGGUACUCUAGUGGUGUAUCAGUGAUCUAAGUUUGCCGUUAAAAAAUAAAUAAAUAAUCACA